GCCAAUCAACGGCCUUCUCUCCGGAGCGCGCGCGCGCGCGUCGCGGGGGAGGUGAAGUUUUGAAAUAAUUUGGAGGGAGCGGCCUGAGGAAAAGGUCGGGGUUUCCUUAGUUUUUGGCUUCGGAAGUGGAUGAGCGGAAUGCCGCAAUGAGUCACUUAAGAAAUUACAGAACAAGAUACAUCAACAAAGAAAGGCAAGGGAAACCUGUUGACAUACCAGGAGAUGAGGUGUUGAAAUAUAUACAAGACUGCUUUGAAAAUUGUGCCAAAAACCUUGCGGUAUGUUCUCCUGCUGUAUCGUGUUCAUCGUCCUCUACUCUUCAGCAGGAUCAAGAUGAAUUUCCAUUUGAAAGCGAAGAGAAAGAACAACCAGAGCCAGAAAUAUGUCUGCCAAAUGAAUUUAAUGCUGUCUCUUGUGUACUAUCACCAAAUAAUAAAGACAAAAGUCCUGGUGAGAAUGUAUCAGAAGAUGAUGAAGAAUCAAAUAUCGGGGAUUUUCUGGAGGAUGAUAUUGAUAUCUUGGCCUUAGGAUCACCUGCUCUCAUACAGCUUGAUGAAAAUUUUGAAGAAAUAAAUGCAGCCAAUGUGGAUCCAGAAGGUGACUGUGAAUUUUUGAUAGAGGACUCAAUUGGGAUGUCUUCCAGAUCUUUGGUUUCAGCAUCUCAAAAGAAACAAAAGCCACAAAGAAAGGAUGUAAUAUCUGCACCAUCUGGAUCAAAAAAGGAAGCAAAUAAGCCUAGUUUGAGAAAAAUAGAUAGUAAUGCUUCAGAAAAACCUGUCCCACCAAGCCUAGUAAACCAAACCAAGAUGAAGUCAACAAAUGUUGCUGAAGCCACUGCUGGUAGGUUGAAAAAUAUUUCACUGACUAGUGAAAUGAUGUCUUUAAUAGAUGACCAGCCAUUGCUGGUUUUAAAUACCUUCCAAGAAGAAAGACAGAAAAUACACUCCAAAGGUAUGGCGUCAAAAGAAAUAAGCAACAAAAUUCCUGCAGGUAUAAAUAACACAGAGGACCAUGUAGCCUUAUUGGAAGAGAAUGACAGUGCUUCAAUACAAUCACAACCUGUUUUAGGGACAGAAGAAUCAUCAUCCAAUGGUAAGGGAACUGUGAAACACAAGCACUCAAAAACAAAAACUUCAAUAGAAAGGCAGAAUGAGGAGAACCAGAAGAAUGCCCCUGUCAUCAUGGACUUGGAGAAUAACAAGUCCUUCGAGAAUAUAGGUUCUGUUUUGAGACCCAUUUUAUCCAUGGAACCCUCAGAACAAAAGUCAUCCAAUAAAAAUUCUCAACCUGCAGGACUAAAGUCACAUAAUAAAAAACUCCUUAAAAAGCAAAAAAACCCAAGAACUGCACAAUCUGAAAAACAACCUCAAACUCAGAGGAGUGCCAUUAAAGAACCUGUUAUUAGACCCACUAGAAGGAAAAAGAUAGUACUGGCUUCAGAUGAGAGCUCUGAAACUGAACAUGAAGAUGAACACCUUAACAAAGGGGUUAAAAACUCCAACUCAUAUAAGCUAAACAAACCAAAUCAUUCAAGAGAGGCAUCUCAAAAAAGAAGACAGACUUCUUCAAAUUCUGAAGGUAGUGAUUGUGAAAGGGUAUCUUACCAAGAAGACGCUGUCUGUCUGACAGAAGAAAGAUUAUAUCCUUCUGAGAAGCAAGCAAAUAGCACUACAGAUUCAAUACAAAAUGCAGCCACUGUGGAUCCAGAAUAUGACUGUGAGUUUUUGAUAGAGGAGUCAUUUGGGAUGUCUUUUAGAUCUUUGAUUUCAGCAUCUCAAAAGAAACAACAGCCACAAAGAAAGAAUGUAAUAUCUGCACCAUCGGGAUCAAAAAAGGUGAAUAAGCCUAGUGUUAGAAAAAAAGAUAAAAAAACUUCAGAAAAGCCUGUCCCACAAAACCUAGUAAACCAAACAAAGAUAAAGUCAACAGAUGUUGCUGAAACCACUGUUGGUAGGUUGAAAAAUGUUUCAAUGACUAGUGAAAUUAUGCCUUUAAUAGAGGACCAGCAAUUGCUGGUUUUAAAUACCUCCCAAGAAGGAAGACAAAAUAUACACUCCAAAGGUGUGGCUGCAGAAGAAAUAAGUAGCACAAUUCCUGCAGGUAUAAAUAAGACAGAGAACCAUGCAGCCUUAUUGGAAGAGAAUGACAGUGCUUCAGUACAGUCACAACCUGUUUUAAGGACAGAAGAAUCAUCAUCCAAUGGUAAGGGAGCUGUGAAACAUAAACACUCAAAAACAAAAACUUCAGUAGAAAGGCAGAAUGAGGAGAACCAGGACAAUGCCCCUGUCAUCAUGGACUUUGAGAAUAACCAGCCGUUUGAGAAUAUAGACACGUACUCUGAACACUCAGAUUCUCUUUUGAGACCCAUUUUGUCUGUGGAACCUGCAGAACAAAAGCCAUCCAAUAAAAAUUCACAAUCUGCAGGACUAAAGUCAAAUAAUAAAAAACUACUUAAAAGGCAAAAACCUCCAAGAACUGCACAAUCUAAAAAACAACCCCAAACUCAGAGGAGUGCUAUUAAAGAAUCUGUUAUUAGACCCACGAGAAGGAAGAAGAUAGUACUGGUUUCAGAUGAGAGCUCUGAAACUGAACAUGAAGAUGAACACCAUGACAAAGGGGUUAAAAACUAUUCAUAUAAGCUAAAAAAACCAAAUAAUUCAAGAGAGGCAUCUCAAAAAAGAAGACAGGCUUCUUUAAUAAGUUCUGAAGAUAGUGAUUGUGAAAGGGUAUCUUACCAAGAAGAUUCUUUCUGUCUGACAGAAGAAAGAUUAUAUUCUGAGAAGCAAUCAAAUAGCACUGCAGAUUCAUUACAGUAUUCUUCUAUACCAGAUGUAAAUAUGAACAAUGCCAGUGGCCCACUCAUUCACAGCAAAAAAUCUUCCAAGCAGAAGAAGACCUUUGACAGCAAUGAAUCAAGUUUAGGUGAAUCUGGAGACUACAUAGACUCUCUGGAUGAAUUAGCAUCAAAUUCACUAAAGCGCAAAUUAGUCUUGCCCACCAACACACCCAAUGUUCGUCGGACUAAAAGAAUGCGUAUCAAGCCAUUGGAGUAUUGGCGUGGAGAACGUGUUAAAUAUAGGACCAGGCCUUCAGGAGGCUUUGUCUUUCACGGGAUAAUAUCACCUGAACAAAAAGAACCCAUAAAACCUAAAUCUAAAAAGACAACAUAUCCUGUUAUGGAAUUGGACAAUAUGCCAGAGAGCUCCUUACAAGAUCCUCCUCAGCCAGCUGUUGUAUUUGAUGUGGAGUCAAAUCAAGGGGUUCUUUUACAAUGUGUGAAUACUGGUACUUCACACUUGCAUUUCAUCAAUAAUGAAGCAGUGUCCAUAUAUAAAUAUCUGACUACACCUUCCUUUUCGGCUGGAAAAAUGAUAUUAAAACCAUUAAAAGAAAAAGGAUAUCAGUAUUCUUAUACAGAUACGCUGGUCUUUAAUAUUACUAAAGGCAAAAUUCUCUUGACUCUGUAUGACCAGUAUUACCAUUUAACAGUUGGAGACUAUUUCUUUAUUCCACCUGGGAAUGUUUACAACAUACGCAAUCUCUUGAAUAAAGAAUGUAUCAUCCUCUUCACACAGCUGAAAGGAAAGAGGUCAGAAUGCGAAUGAAAAUUACCUUUGUAUCCUGAUUUCUUGGAAGAUCACAGAGAUCACCCUACGGUGUUAAUUGCAAGGUUUCUCAGCAAUUUUGUUUCCUUACCGGCUCUCCAGUUACAUUUUCCAGGACCACAAAAUAAAUGCAGCUAUAUUUACAGCUGAGUUGUAUGUUUUCUUGAAGGUUCAAAUUGCAGGAGCUCUCUGAUUCUUUGUAAUAAAAAUAUCGGUGACUCUAAAUGAGACAAACUAUUAAAAACAGUUUUAUUUGAAAUCAUUCAAAUUGCCUUCAAGUAGCACUAAACAGGAUGAACAGGCAGGCUCUUGUUCUAUCAGCAUCAGUGGCAUAAGCCAAAGCUAUUGCUUCUAUUGCAGCUGUAGUGUUGCCUUACACUGGACAAGUGGGAGAGAGCUGGUUUCUGCCUUGAAAGCAAUUUGCUGCACUGCUUUCCUGGUACAGUACUGCUGCAAUGCUGGAGCUGGAGGCAGGCUUUCUCUAAAGCAAUGGUUCUCAACCUGUGGAUCCCCAGGUGUUUUGGCCUACAACUCCUAGAAAUCCCAACCAGUUUACCAGCUGUUAGGAUUUCUGGGAGUUAAAGGACAAAACAUCUGGGGACCCACAGGUUGAGAACCACUGCUCUAAAGCUCUCAAAUAUUCAUGCAAAUGGACAUCACAGCCAGAGUGAAGGAGAAGUUGAAUAACAUUAGCACAGGGAUAUUUGUUGCUUUCUCCUCCAUUCUGUGCUUAAAAGGUUUGUUCACAUAUUAGAUAUUGUUCUUCAUCUUUUUGUAUGUCUAAUAUAUAUGUUAAUAAAAUAAUCAUUUUGCUUA